AAAAGGAAGAGCAGUUACAGAAAGAUGAUGUUAAAGAAGAGGAGAGGGGUAGUUGCCAAAACUUGCGUUUACCGUGCUUUCCCUCGUCGUGCUUUCCAACAGAUUUUUCCCUUCCUUUUUACUCUUUUUUUAAUUUUUUUUUUGCCUUUAUUCCUGCAACACGCGUACGACAAAUUAUAACUAUAAGUCCCACCGCCAUGAAAUCACGCCGCUUGCUAAGCUUCCUCCUUAACCAUCUCAUUUCCCCCAAUUAAACUAAUCUAUUAAGCUGUUUUUUUUUUUCUUUGUUUUGUAAGAAAAACUGAAGGCGCUUCUUGUUUCACACACACUCCCUUCUUCAUUGCUUUACCAACAAAGUCAAUGCUCCUCACUGCUUUGGUUUUCUCUUUGGAUCUGAGUCUCUGCACUUUCACUUUCAGCUUUCUACAAGGUCAGCAUUCUCUUCUUAAAUUCUUGGCUCCUGCUCCUGCUUCUUCUUUUUUUUUUUUUCCCCUUUUUGCAUGCAUUUUUCUCAUCUGGGUCAUCUUCCUUUUGCCUUCUUCUGGGAUGGUUUAAAAUGGUGAAAAUGAGAGGAAAUUGUUAAAUUCAGGUUUUUGUCCAUUAAGUUUUGGGGGGAAAACUCAUUCUUUACUCUUUAUAUAAAGAUGACACUUUUGCUUUUACUUUGUUAAAUUUAUAUCCUUUUUUCAAUUAUGUAAUGGUAUCAUAUAAGUUAAGUCUUUCAUCUUUAUUUAUGGUCGAAUCUAGAUUUAAGGAUCUAUCUGGAUUAACAAAUCUCUGGAAGAUAGUAGCUAAGAGCUGAACAAGUGUUGCUGUUGUCUGUUUCGGCCAAUCUUUGAAUCUGAUUAGAAUAUCAAAAGGCUAAUAUGCCUCAAGACAGCCUAAGAUCAAUUGUUUACAGAUCAUUUGUUGUGUGUGAUGAUCCGAAGGGAGUCGUAGAGUCUGGAAUGAUUAGAAGGGCUGAAAGUGGUUCAAGGAAGAUGGAGCAUAAGAAUGAAGGCCGAAAAGCAAGGAACAGAUUGGAUGUUUGUGUUGCGAGUAAGGCAGGAAGAGAAGAGACAGUGUCUAAGGGUCCCAUGGAAGAACUUCAUAGCUCAUCUUCCUGUCAGCUCUUGGAGGUUUCAAGAGGAGCUCACAAGCUGAAUCAGGUGAUCAACUCAUGGUCUGGAGGGAUUUGGUGCGACCAGCAUUCAAAAGAUCUAGCAAAGGAUCUGUUGAAAGGAGCUCUGGAAUUACAGGAUUCUUUACACAUGCUGGGGAAGUUACAAGAAGCAUCUCAUUUGGCUAGGUUGAAGAAGAAAGUAAAGGAAAAAUCUGAUAAGGUGAGAAAUGAUCAAGUGAUUCAGGGAAUGCAUUUGAGUUCAGUUGAAGAGCGAAAUUACCGAAAGGCAAUCCAGAAUCCGCACCUUUCAGCUGGUGUUUCUUCUAGAGAUUGCAUUGAGGAGCUUAGGGAAGUGAUUAGAGAUAGCUUAGCUAGGCAAAAUCUAUUGCCAAACAUAAAUGCUGAAGAAAAAAGAUGCUUCACUUCAAGAUAUCCGCUGGACUCAGCUUCAGAUAUCCCAUCCACAAGCUCAAGCCAAUCUUCAUCUGUUCAAACUGACAACUUUACUUCCAUGGAGUCAUCUAUCUGGUCAGCAGCUGAAGAGAAGAAGGCAAGAGGCCCGAGAUUGAUUGCAAAGCUUAUGGGCCUAGAAGAAAUGCCUCCAAAGUCAUGGAAGACAAAUUCCCAGAAAGAUACAGAGAAUAAGAAGAUUUACAGUCAACAGCGACCUGCUUUUGAAAUUGAUACACCGAAAGUGAGAAAGCCUCAAUAUGCUCUCCGGACAGAAAAUCCAGAGAAGACGCUAAAGGACGUCCUUGAAACGAUGCAUUUUAAAGUGCUUCUCAAAAGCAACUCCAUCAAAGAGAUUAAGCCUGAUUCCUAUCAAUCAAGUGAUUUCUUUUCAGGAAGCAGGUUAAUUAACAAUAGUCCACCUAUUGUACUCAUAAAACCUCGACAUGAUUGGUACUUGCAACCAGAAGAGAAGUUUGCACCGGUGCUUCAGGAGGAGGGAAGCUCAAACAGAGAAACUAUGCUCAAAAAACCAAAAGCAAAAGAGGAUUCACCUUCAAAAUUAAUUGACUCCAACAAUAGAGGUUUGAACUUCAGUAAAAGAAGCAGAAGAUUGGAAACAAAAGAAACUCCAGUGAAGAGACAUAUCCAGCAGGAAGGUGCAAAAGACAGCCGAGAAAAUGAGACCAGACCAGCGAGAAAGGAAGUAAAGACUAAGCAAAGCCUUUCUACUAGGGUGAAAAGUUCAGGUUCUAUAACUCAGUCAUCGCUGAAGAAAGUGGCAACUGAGAAGAACAUUGACAUGAUACCAAAGCCUAUGAUAAGCAGCAGGAAACCAUUUGAGAAGGAGGUUCCUAAACCAAAGAAUUUAUUGAGGUCUAAAGUUCAAGCCAAGGUUGCCCCUCAAAAGUCCAGUAAGCCUGAAAAUGCUUCAAAUGUUAUGAAAAGUAAAGUUUCCCACCAACCAAGUGCAACUGCAAACUCCAACUCUGCUCGCAAACCACAAACUAUAGUUCGUGGCCCUGUUGAUAUGAAAAAGAGCUCAACAAAAAAAGCAGUGAGCAAGUCUGCCGUGGUUAAAAUAACUACUGAGAAGAUAGAAUGCAAAGCAGAUCAGGUUGUUUUGGAAGGAAACAAUAUUAAUCUUACAUCUGAAACUGAUACUAUUUUGGAAGAGAAGAGGAUUGAUCUUGCAUCCAUUCACAAUACUCUUUUGGAAGAAAAGAGAAUUGAUCUUACAUCAAAUAAUGAUAUUCUUUUGGAAGAAAAGAGGAUUGAUCCUGCAUCUGAAAAUGAUACUAAUUUUGAAGAGUAUGGCUCUGCAACUUCAGAUCAACUUCCUAGAGAGGAGGGAGCAGAACACACUGAUAUUCAGAUUGGAGAGCGCUGCAGUGAGAGUUCUGUUUUUGAUGUUACCCUGGUUACCUUUGGGGAUCAGAACAGCAGAAAAUCUAUUGAAGAAGUUGAUGAUGACCUCAUCACUCCCAUCGGAACUGACUGUGAAAGCAUCAUGACCGGGACCAGUCUAAAGGCAUUGCUAUUGAGCAGUCCAGCUUUUAUCAAUCAUGUGGAGGAACUUUUCGAUCUUCUUGAAAAUGUUCCUACAACUUUGCAAAAAAUUGGCAUCAGUGGUUUCUCAGAUGCUGACACACGACUUUCCUUGGACUGUGCUAACGAAAUUGUCCGACGAAGAAGCAAUCCUGAUUCUCAAAUGAUUCACCCUCCUUGGUUUAGCCUGGUUGGAAAUGCCAAAAGGCAUAUCUCUCUAGAUCAUUUGUUAAAGGAAACUUGUGAUGGGGUCGAAGCUCUGAGAAGCUACAGUGAAGUUGCUGGUAAAAACUACCCUGCUGAUAGUCUUUAUUCAAUGCUGGAAAGAGAUAUAAACCACAGUGAAGUUUUGAGUGGAAUAUGGGACUUGGGUUGGAGGAAAGGAUUUUCAGUGGAUGACACAAUACAAGUAGUGGAUGACAUUGAAAGGCAACUAUUAAGUGGAUUAAUCGCUGAGAUUUGUGCAUAAGUGUGUGGUUUUACCAACUUCUUAAAUGGUGGUUCUGCAGAUCUGCACAUUCAUAGCUUCAAGAGGUCGUUGAUGCAGCAAUGGUAAAUAAGCUUUACUUUGGUUGAAUAAAGGGGGCAGAGUUGAAAGUGUGUGCCCAUUUCUUCCAUUGAAAAAUCAUAUUUUCAUUGCCGUAAUUGACAAAAUGUAUAUUUAGGCUUCAGCCACUUAAAAUAUGUAAAUAACCCAAGUUUUAUUUUUACAGUGUGAAUAAAAAUAUAUCAUCAUAUAUGUUAGUGAACACUUGAAAUAA